AUGCCAUCGCGAUUCCCCCACGGCGGCGAGGACGCCCCGCUGCUCGCCGGCGACUCCCGCGGCCGCGGCGGCAAUGCCAAGAAAUCGGAUUCGGGCGCCGACAGGCUCCUGAGCCGUGGCGUGACCGCGCUCGCCGCGCUGCUGCUUAUCGGCCUGUGCGUGAUGCUCGGCGUGCAUCUCAUGGGCUCGUACCACUCCGCUGAUAGCGACCUGUCGAACAAGGACAGGUCCUGGAUCGAGACCCUCGACGACGGCACCAAGAUCCUGCACGGCGCGGACGGCAAGCUCUCCAUCGUGUCCGGCGAUGCCGGCAAGAAGUCCAGCAAGCACCACAAGAAGAAGAAGGGGACCGACGACAUCCUCGACCUCCUCCACAACGAGAACGCCAAGGGCUCCAUCGAGGGCGAGAUCGACCCGAACAAGGACAUCGCGUCGCAGCAGAACGACAUCCUUCUCAACAAGGAGAAGGAGAUGAUGGACCAGCUCACCGCGAUGGCCAAGGGCAAAGGUGGCCCCGACGCCAAAGGGUCCUCGAAGAAGCCCUCGGUGAACCCCGCGGAGGCUGCCGAGAAGAUGCUCGCGGGCGGUAACGCCCCCACGACCUCCACGUUCGACCCGCGCGCCGCGCUCAGGCACCACGAGGAGGCCCUGGAGCACCUCUCCACGAAGGACAAGAAGGCCAACGAAAAUCUCAAGCUCACCGACCAGGAAAAGUCGGAGCUCGAGCAGCUCGAGGAGCUCACGCGCAAGCCCCCGCCGGGCCCGCCCGCGUACGUCACCCCCGAAGAACAGCUCCUCCACAAGGCGGCGAUGAAGGCGAAGAAGCACGACGAGAAGGGCGCCGAGGAUUGGUACAACCAGCUCGACGAUUCCGUGGACGUCUUCGAGGUUCGAAACCAGGCGCUGAUCGAGUUGGAGGAGGCAUCGCAUAAGAAGGACGACAAGAAGGGCGCCGAGGGUGUCGAAUCGACCAAGGCGAGCGCCAAGCACGCGGCGAAGGCGAGCGCCAAGGCGAAGGCGACUAAGCCCUCGGCCGAGCCCAUCGCUUCGACUGAGCUCGAGCCCGUCGCUUCGACUGAGCCCGAGCCCGUCGCUUCGACUGAGCCCGAGCCCGUCGCUGAUAAGGAAGGUGAGGUGGCCAAGACGGGCGAGGAUGAGCUCGAGGCUGAUGUCGAGCUCGCCGACACCGAACCCGAGCCGGAACCCGAGCCCGAACCCGUCGAGCCCUUCGGCGCUCAUGAUUCCGAGGCGAAGAACGAUGACGAGGACGGCCCCGACCCGGCCGAGCCCAUCGAGCCCUUCGGAGCUCACGACUCGAAGGUUGAGGCGGAGCCCGAGGCUGACGACGACGACGAGCCCGUCGAGCCCGUCGAGCCCUUCGGACACGACGACGAGAAGGACGCGGAACCCGUCGAGGAGAAGCCCGACGCCGUCGAGGAGGAAGCCGAAGCCGCCGAGAAGGAGGAGGAGCCCGAGCCAGUGGCGGCGAAGGCAGAGGAUCCCGAGCCCGCGGCGAACGCCGAGAAGGAGGAGGAGCCCGAGCCCGUGGCGGCAAAGGAGGAGGAGCCCGAGCCCGCGGCGGCCGCCGAGAAGGAGGAGGAGCCCGAGCCCGCGGCUGCCGCCGACCCCACCUCCGCGGCUCCCGCUUCGGACGCCGGAGACAAGCACCCCACCCCGGAGCAGAUCAAAUGGUGGAAGGACCACCACCCCAACGGCGCCGCGCUCGGCCACCGCACCCGCAACCGCCGCCCGGUGAGUCGCCGCCCCCGCCACGAGGCCGAGGCCGCGCUCGGGGUCGCCCCGAGCAACCCCAAGGCGUCGUCCGUUCCCGCCUCGAGGUGGUCCGGCGUCGACCUCGCGCAGCACUUGUCGUGCUCCGACUCGCUCGCGGACCCCGCGACUGGUAAAACCUUCGACGUCGCGACGGAAUUUUACAUGUCCGACGAGACCACCCUGGGUCCCAACGGCGAGGCGAUCAAGCUCGGCCCGAGGGCCAGGGCCGUCCGCGACACCACCUUCGUCUCCGCUUUCCUCCGCGUGGACGGUCCUGGGGCGCCGGACCCGACGCGGUACCUCACCGGGGUGCGACACGCGGCGUGCAACGCGGGCCGAGCUCGGCUCAACUCGGUCUUCUUCGCCGAUUCCCCGGAGAUGUGCGCGCACGUGCGAAGGCUGUACGACAACGGUCGCGCGCUCUCCAACGAGCUCGCGCCGCCCGUCCCGAGGCUCGGGUCCGGCAAGUUCCGGUGCCAGGUGAAGGCUGUCAAGAACCUCCCGCUCAAGCCCGCGACGGGCUUACGGCCCGAGGCUGUCAUCGGCGGCUGCGCCAACUCGGCCAACGCGUUCGUGUGGUACAACAAGGUCAACUUCAUGGUGGACGCCGCGGAGAUGUGCGAGUCGGACCCAGACGCCGAGAAGACGAGUCAGUUCGCGUGGUUCGACGGGGACGUCGCGGGACCCGGCGCGCUCAAGGCGCUCCUGGCGCACCCGCUCGACCCCGCCGCGCUCGUCGCGGGAGCCAAGGACGAGAAGGUGCACUUCACGUGCCACCCCAGGGCGGUCCGCGAGGCCCAGGCGGUGGAGCCGUGCCGCGCCGGAGAGACGAUGGUGAUGCCACGCGUCUUCUCGGGCACCCCCCAGGCUUUGCGCGGGUUCAAGCGAAGGUGGGACGCCUACAUGCACAGGUACGUUCCGCUGUCCACGCACACCGCCGCCGAGCUCGGGCAGUGGCGAAUGGCUCGCGGCUUCUUCGCCGAUUACAAGAACCCCCCGAACGCGGCGCGAGGCGCGGGUCUGAAACCCGUCGAGGCGGCCAUCGCGGUGAACACCAGGAGCGGCGGGUGGACGUGCCCGUGCCCCAGCGAGGAGUACGUCAUGAACAGGCUGCUCAAUGACGAGAUGUUCCCGGAGGAGAAACAGUUCAGCGGGGGAAAGAUUGCCAUGUUAGUGACGCAGGAGGAGAAGGCCAGGGAAGAGGAGAAGGCGCAGUUGACGGCGAAGGGCGGGGACGCGGUGGCGGGGAUGGGCGGGCCGCGUAGGCCCGCCGCGCAGGCCGGGGUUGGGACCGCUUCGUCGUUUUCGCUUCGUCGCGGCUUGGGGUUGCUCGAAGACGGACUCAACGCGGCGGCGCUCGGGGCGGAGGCUAUCGAGUCUGACGUCCCGGGGAAGCAGUUCAUCGACGCGUCACCGGACGGGACGGACGGGUCGUGCGCGCGCUCGGAGGAUGGGACCCCGUCGGGGUUCGCCGAGCUGCCCAGCAUGGGUCUCAUAUCCUGGAGGUUCAACUAA